UGAACACUAACAGUUAGAUUCACGUACGUGCUAGCUUUUCUAUUCUCACCUAAUCAAUUAAUUAAGUCACAAUUAAUGAUAUAAAACCACACUCCACAUCACAACUCUACACAUUCAGAUAUCAAGCCAAUUUGAAGAAGCCAACAUGCCAGGAUUCAAAGCCAGUCUGCUGAUAAAUUGUUUGUUGCUUGCUGUACUGUUGUUGCCAGCCUUGUUAGCCGCAAAAGUACCAGUGCACUGUGACUCUUCACAAUUCCCAUCAGUCAACGUAACCUGUGGAGGAACAGCAAGUGAUGCAGCGUGCGCUUUCCCGUUUACUUACAACAACAAAGCUUACUGUCAGUGUACGUCAACAGAUCACGACCAACCCUGGUGUGCGACUAGAACAGGAGAUUACAGUGUUCAUCAGAAAUGGGGCAACUGUCGGUGUUCUGAAGAAGUGGUUUCAGCUAACAUAACGUGUGGUGGUAACUCCUAUGGGGCAGCUUGUUCUUUCCCCUUCAUCUACAAUGGAGACAAGUACUACGGUUGCACUUCUGUAGAUCAUGACCAGCCAUGGUGUGCAACACAAGAGGGUUUGUACUCCACACACGAGAAAUGGGGAAAUUGCCUGUGUUGCGAAAAACCCACACCAGUUACUGUAACCUGUGAUGGCAAUGGCCAUAAUGCUGCUUGUAUAUUCCCUUUCAAGUACAACAACAGUGUCUACUACACCUGCACCAUGUAUGAUCACAACCAGCCUUGGUGUGUGACUCACAAAGGAAAAGGUGAUAAUAGCCUUAAAUGGGGAGAUUGUAAUUGUCCUCACACACCUGAGUCAGUGCAAAAGACAUGUGAUGGUUCAGACGAAAAAGCAAAUUGUGUAUUUCCAUUUGUGUAUAAAGAAAGCACAUACUAUACUUGCACAAAUGUAGGACACAACCAGCCCUGGUGUUACACGGAAAAGGAAGAUCCUGAUCAUACUGAAUGGGCCAACUGCUAUUGUCCUAUUGAAGAUGCAUAUGAGGCUGUACCUAGAACAUGCGGUGGAACUGCCAAUAACGCUGCCUGUGUCUUCCCAUUUACAUACAAUGGACAAAGCUACAGUCACUGUAUUUCUAUUGAUCAUGAUCAACCAUGGUGUGGAACUAAAAGUGGACAAGUUGACGAGCAUAAAGAAUGGGGAAACUGUAAAUGCACUAGUGUACCCUCCACAUGCAGUGGGAAUAGUAAUGGACGUCCAUGCCAAUUCCCAUUCACUUACAAUGAUGUCACCUACUAUGACUGCAUUAGUACAGACAAUUCUGAACCGUGGUGUGCAACACAAUCUGGGAGAUAUGAAGAUCACGAACACUAUGGCUACUGCAAAUGUUCAGAAGUUGUUAAGACGUGUAAAGGCACAGGAAAAGAAAACCCUUGUGUGUUUCCAUUUCUAGACGAUGGCAUGAAGUUUUAUAGUUGCACACUCAAUAAUUAUGACCAGCUAUGGUGUGCAACUGAAGAGGGUGACUACACCACCCAUGAAAAAUGGGGUCAUUGUAAGUGCAGUCAAGAUGACUUUGGCAGUGGCAGUGGCAGUGGCAGUGCCAGCGACACUGAAACUGGCAGUGGGACUAUUGGCAAGUGCAAUUGAUCAAACUAGAGCCACAGAGGUUAAUCCUCAUCACAACAUACUGUUCUGUGUUUGCCUGUGCUCAAGUAAAGUUGCAUUGUACUGAGUGUGCAUUUUACAACAACAAUAACAGUUGUAAU